CUUCUCCUUGCCAUAGGAAAGAGAGGGAUCGGGGAUUGAAUAACAUGAACACAACGCCCGUUGCAUGUGCGACAGAUAUGAUAUUUCAUUAUGGUAUAAUAUAACCGUUUGUUCACUGUGAUCAUAGACAAUCGAAAUGUAUAAAGACAUUCCAACACUCCCCGGGCUCUCAUAUUUCUGCAUUGCUGACAGCAGCCGCAAGCGGAAGAGUGGACGCCUUGACGGUGGUGGCACUGUCAGUUCUACUAACAAAGCUCCCGGGGGCACCAACCUCACAGAACGUCAGUCAACUUCUCAAGCAGACGACAACGUCAGGCGUUCUCGAAAAUCCCUCAGUUUCCGAAGCAGACGACAAGGUAAGGCGUUCUUUAAAAUCCCAAAGGAAGCUAGGGUUCCGAUGACGGAGUCGUUGUUAAACCCCGUGAUCCUAGAGGAACUCGCACGGACAUGGCUGAAAGAGGACCAUCCAAGUAUGGACGUCGGCUCGAUGGUGGUCGGCGACGUGGACGUGACAGCUGACCUUUGGUGCAAAAGCCCGGGUGUUCUGGCGGGGGUUCCUUUCGCCAACACGGUCUUCUCGCUCCUGGAGUGCGAAGUGAAGUGGUUGCGAAAUGAAGGUGAAUGGCUGCACCCCGUCGUCAAAGUCGCCGAGGUAACCGGUCAAGCUCGCAGAGUCCUCCUGGCAGAGCGCGUGGUGCUGAACACUCUGGCCCGUGCCAGCGGCGUGGCAUCUUCAGCACGGCGAAUGCGAGAAAUUCUCAACGAAAUCCACUGGGACGGCGUCCUGGCUGGAACCCGCAAAACAACUCCUGGUUUUCGACUUGUGGAGAAGUACGCUCUUCUGGUCGGUGGCGCUGAUACUCAUCGCUACGACAUGACAUCCCUCAUCAUGCUGAAAGACAACCAUCUAGCUGCAACAGGCUCCGUCGAGAAAGCUGUACGAAUCAGCAAGAAGAUGGGAGGCUUCACCAAGAAGGUGGAAGUCGAAUGUAGUUCCGUCGAGGAAGCUCAAAUGGCUGCCAGGGCCGGAUGUGAUGUCAUCAUGCUGGAUAAUUUUCAGCCGAAAGAUCUUGCAGCGACGAGCCACAAGCUGAAGACCGAGUUCCCUAACGUUCUCAUCGAGGCUUCAGGAGGAAUCACGGCGUCAAACCUCACCGAGUAUGCAAUCGCUGACGUCGACAUUGUUUCUUCCAGCUGCCUGGUUCAGGGCUACGGUACCGUAGACCUCUCCCUCAAAGUUCAGCUGCCAAAGAAGGGGGAAGAGUGUUGAUUCCCUCCAACCUACGACUAUACCACCAUAUAAAUCACUCGUUCCGUG